CAAACCUUGGCAACACACAGCUCAGCUAAGACAGUACAUCAUCUUCCCCAGCACACGCUCAGACUAAAGAGGAUGCAGACUGCAUAUGAUAGUCUUACCAAACAGAGACAACAGCAAGCAAUGAGCCUGAGCAGAGAGGCAAAAGGAGGGAGUCUGAACUUGGGGAAGAAGAUCAGCGCUCCAAAGGACCUGAUGAUGGAGGAGUUGAAUCUGAACACUAACAGGGGAUCUAGAAUGUUCCAAGAGCGUCAGAGAAGAGUAGAAAGAUAUACACUAGAGAACACAGUAGAUGCUCCCUCCAUCAUAUAUAACAACAAAGAACAGAAUCAAAACCAGAACCAAAACCACAUGAUUACAGAUAUACAGAGAGGGGAAGAAAACCUGAUGUAUCCAGCGGCUGGUAAACAAAGUCUUGUCACCACCCUAAAGAAGACGGUUGCCAAAAAGGGCAGCCCCAAUGUCCUGGCACCAGGUACACAAUCAGUGUAUCAGGGUUACUCUGGGCCCCUAAGAGAGAUCCCUCGAGAGAAGUUUAAUUCCACAGUCAUCCCAAAGUCAUAUUGCUCACCAUGGCAGGAAGCCCUGGGAGAUAGUGAAGAGCUUCUUCCCUCUCUCAAUGCUCAGUUACCUCAACUGCCACAGAAACUCCCACCAGCUAACUACAGGUGCUUUAACAGAGCUGCAGUACCAUUUGGUGGUCACGUAUGCAGUCAGAGGGUGAUUUCUGUUAUUGGGUUUGAACAACUGGAGACUCAAAAUCUUCCUGACAUGACCCUGGCCAUGAUGUCCAAAAGACCCAACUUCAACAGAGCCCCACAGGGAUGGGGUGCCAGAUACUCGCCAGAGUCAAAUGACCUGUAAUCGACCUGCCAUACUAGAGGAAAAGAAAGACUGUAGCAACGUAAAGACCUGCGCUUUCCACAUUUGGACUGUCCUGAUAUGUUCCCGGCUGGUGAAAGGUGGCCAGGGGAGGGCACUCUCAAGGAGAGUGGGCGGAAGUUUAGAAUUAAAUCAUUUAAAAAUCUAAAUUAAACUUAAUGACAACACUGAUCACGAUAAAUACAUACAGGAAAGAUAAUUUCAGGGCAGAAUAAAUGGAAGUCUUCUACAGAGCAUUAGCUAUCCUAGGAAACAGACAAUUGUACAAAACAUUUAACGGAUAUCUACUUUAAGUCCAAAGCUUAUUCAUAGUUAAUCAUAUACAAAUUUACUAUUUAAUUUCAUAGCUGUAUCCACGCAAUAUAUAAGAAAAUGUUUUUCUAAAUGCACAAACAUACAGUUGCCCCAGAAAAUAUUUGGCCAUUUUUAAUGUAUGAAUUUAAUUGCUUUAAAUAGCAGCAACUUAUCAAAGCAAGUGUCAUCUAUGCUCAAGUACUGCUAAAGCUUUGCUUUUCUCAGAAAUUCAUUUUUGCAAUGUCUUCUAACCAACUGAUACCUAUCUAGGUCAUUUUUAGUGGAUGUUUGAAGCCAGUUUCUCUCAAGUUUACAUCGGUGUAGACCAUGACAUUUAAGGAAUAUUCCGGGUUCAAUACAAGUUAAGCUCAAUCGACAGCAUUUGUGGUAAAAUGUUGAUUACAACAAAAAUGUAUUUUGACUUUAUUUUUAUUUAUUUUUAUUUUGACUUAAAUUUUACAAGUUCGUUGCCAUGACGGCAUAACGCUAUAAACCCUAAAAUGACCAUAAAAAGUAUUUAAACAACUUUACAGCUCAAAUAAUACACAAGUUUUAACAGACAAAUUAAAUUGCUUUUAUCAAAUUAUAAGCUUCAUAUUUCUGCCUUUAAACCCUACAAAAAAUUGGCCCAUUCACUUCCAUUGUAAGUGCCUCAUUGUAAAUUCCAUUUUUGCUUUUUUAAAGAAAAGGAGGGAUGACUCUAAAUCAUUUUUCGUGGUAAUCAACUUUAUACAACAAAUACUGUCAAUUGAGCUUAACUUGUAUUAAACCUGAAAAAUUCCUUCAAAUAUGGACACUGGUUGUCAAAUAGACAAUAUUUGACAACCAGUAAGUGUCACAAAUACUGUCUUGAUU